ACGCGCCCGAGAUGGCAAGUCAGUGCAGUGAGAAGCUUACGAGCACCAACUAGGAAAAAUAAUACAAAUUUUUCAACAUGCAUCUCUCGACGAUCGUUCUGUGCGCCCUCGUGGCAGUAGCCGCAGCCGCUCCCGCCGAUCCCAAUACCACCCCAAUUCCCAUAGUCAAGCAGGCGUUGGACGGGCCCAAUCCAGACGGCACCUACAACUACAACUACGAAACCGCCAACGGCAUUCAGGUUGAAGAACAGGGCCAUCUCAACAACGUUGGCACCGAUCAGGAGGCUAUUGAAGCGCGAGGCAGCUUCAGCUACACAGGCACCGACGGUCAGACUUACCACGUCUCGUAUGUGGCCAAUGAGAACGGAUUCCAACCGGAAGGCAGUCAUCUGCCCACCACGCCGGCCGUGCCGCCACAAAUCCUGAAAGCUCUUCAAUACAUCGCCGAGCAUCCCGAGGAAAACGAAGAACUGCAAGAAAAAAAACGGAAUUAACGAAAAGAAGGAUUGAGAACCGACGAACCUCUCGAAGACGAGUCUCGGGAAGACGGGAACGAAGCCUGAAAACACCGAUCGCGCGUUGACAGGUAUUCGAUCCCGACGAAAACCCGCAGCAAUAUCGAAAUCACUUCGAAAUUAAUUUUUGUAUUUAUGCUCAGAGAAUUUUAUAUUUUUUUAUACACAUGUAUAUGAACACGAAAAACUCACACAAAGAUGUGUUGUAAAUAAAUUUCAUCGAUAUGCAAAA